AUGGCCACUUCAGAAGUUCCCACCGCAUCUAAUCGUCAAACUGCCGUCUUCCUACAGAAGGCCUGUCUGCGGCAUCAUUAUAUACGCUCUCGUGAUACCUCAUGCAUUGUAGAGCGUCCCGAACGUUUACGGGCGGUUAAUAUCGGCCUCGCCGCUGCGGUGGCUCGCCUUGAAGACAUCCCUGGACGCGUUGCAUAUUUGCAGGAUAACAAGCCUGAUGCCGACGAGUUGGUUUCUGCUCUAGGACGGCUGGACCUCGCAUCUUCGGAGUCCAAUGGCCCUUCUCCGCGUGUGCCCGUCCACUUUGUUCACAGCGAUGCGACCGUAGACAUACUCAAUAACCCCGCCGUCAAAUUCGUGCAUGGCGACAUCGACGGGGAUGUUUAUCUGGAAAAUCUGAAAAAUUGGGCCAAGAUGAGUAAGGAGAAAGUCGAAAAGGGUGACAGUGAAAUUCCCGAAACUCUCUCGCAGGGUGAUUUAUACCUUUGUCCGGAAUCCAUCGAUGCUAUACAAGGUGCUUUAGGCACCGUUUGCCAGGCCGUAGACAUUGUCGUCAACUCCUUGCAUAGUGAAGCAGAGGGGAAUGUCCGCACGUCCCAAGCAUUCGUCGCAAUAAGACCUCCUGGCCAUCAUUGCGGAGAGGAUACUCCAUCCGGUUUCUGCUUCGUUAAUAAUGUAGCUGUUGCAGCAGCGCACGCACACCUGCGGCAUGGCAUCAACCGAGUGGUAAUCCUCGAUAUUGAUUUGCACCACGGCAACGGAACACAAUCGAUUGUCUGGCAGAUCAAUGAGGAGACGUACAGAAAGAGUCUUGAACAGAAAUAUGGUGCUCCCCCAGGAAAGCCUGGGCUGCAGAUUUAUUAUGGCAGUCUCCACGACGUACUCUCAUAUCCAUGUGAGGACGGCAAAGCGGCCCUCGUUCAAGCUGCUUCUGUAUCAAUUCACGGGCCGCAUGGGCAGCACAUCCAGAACAUCCACCUAAGACCGUACAGCUCCAAGGAGCAGUUCUGGGAUGAGCUAUAUUCAGGGCCCUAUGCGAAACUCAUAGGCAAGGCCGCUGAAUUUCUUGACAGCAGCGGUGGGCAAGGCGACGAUGUCAUGGUCUUCAUCAGCUGCGGCUUUGAUGCAAGCGAGCACGAGUAUCCGUCAAUGUCGCGACACAAACGACAGGUACCGACCACAUUCUACCACCGCUUUGCGCGAGAUGCGCGUGCAUUUGCGGAGCGUUUUGCUCGCGGGCGGCUUAUUAGCGUCCUUGAGGGUGGAUACAGCGAUCGUGCAUUGACCAGUGGCGCGUUGGCGCAUCUGACUGGGCUAGCUCAUACCGAUCACACGCUGGUCGACGAGAUCUGGUGGAGUGAAGACAGUCUGAUACAGUUGGAGAAAGCUACAAAGAGGCACAGAGGAGGGAAGAAUUCGCAGGCAACACAGCCGGCGCCAUGGCUGGAACGCACACUGGAAGUAUUCGCACAGAUUGACUCGUCGCAUACUAUGCCGACCACAUCGUCGCGUGCCGCUAUACCACCAUCUUCGCGUGUGCUUCGUGAACGUAAGAAUCCAGCUGUAACGGAAACCGAGCGGAGUUCAUCGUCGUCCCCGAGCAAGGAGAGCGCAUCUGCGAGGAAGGACAACUCGAUCUCGGAUGCCAAGGGCGCCAUGCUAAAACAGGAGUCGGAGGAAGUUCACGUAACGUCUGGUGAUUCGAAAAGCGAGUCUAGCGCUGCACUGUCGGACAUACCAGGGCCAAGCGCAGAGCCAAAGAAGCUUCCUCGAGUCAUCCUGCGUCUUGGUCCACGUCGCAACAGUCCUUCUUGA